GGCGCGUUCAUGUGUGUGUGUGUGUGUGUGUGUGUGUGUGAGAUCGGACUCAUGUGUGUGGAACAGGGUCAUCUGUUGCUGCUGCUGCUCGCCGCCUCAGGCUGGCGGAGUGUGUCCGGGAUCCGUGUGUUCACAGCUGGCGAGGUGAAGGCCGUUAACGGGACAGAUGUGCGUCUCAAAUGCACCUUCCAGAGUUCAGCUGCGGUCCGAGAGUCGAGCGUCACGGUGUCCUGGAGCUUCAGACCGCUCGGCCCCGGACACGUGGAGACGGUGUUUUAUUAUCGCGAGAAGCAGUUUCCUCCUUCGGAGGGCCGCUUUAGGAAGAAGGUGGACUGGGCUGGAGACAUCAGCGGCCGUGAUGCGUCUGUGGUUCUGCGCAGAGUGCCGUUCUCGUUUAACGGGACGUUCAGCUGUGAGGUGAAGAACCCGCCGGACGUUCACGGGAACGUGGGUGAGGUGCGGCUGCAGGUCGUCAGCACAGCCUCGCUCUCUGAGAUCCUGAUUCUCUGUGUGUCCAUCGGAGGCGCCAUUCUGCUGAUUCUGCUGCUGGUGAUGAUCGUCGCGUCGCUGCGCCGCUGUCACAGACGGAGAAACCCAGAGCCAAACCACAGCGUCCUCCAACACGAGCACGACCUCAGCUGCUGAGAACCUGAUCUCACACACACACACUAUAACACGCUCACACACACACACACACUCCAGCAAGACUGUCAGCAAUCGCACAGCUACUAAUCAAACAGGUUGAUGUGAUUUUGGUAGUUUUCUGGAGUUGAUGUGCCUUCAUCUCGUUAGUCCUGCUGUUCAUCAAGCUUCAGGCUCUACCUGGUAACCGGCAGACCUUGGUUGCUAUGGUUAUAUCUCUAUCUAUUCGCUGUCCUGUAGCUCUCUUCACUUCAUUUUACACUGCUAUUGCACAUGAUGAUGAUGAUGAUGAUGAAGUGCAGGUAUGAAUGAAUGAAGGCACUGCAGUGGCUGUGGUUUGAUGUGGUUUUAUAUCAACCAGAACCAUUAAUCUGAUAAUAUUACCCAUCGGCCAAUAACUGCUUGAUGAUUAACAGUAAUAUUACCUCCAUACCUCAGUACCACAAUCGACUGACAGGUUUGUCAAUGGAUGAUCAGUGGGUGAAACUCAUGAAAACAUGUUCACAUCAUAUUUAAUCCAAAAGAAACUAUAUAUAUAUUGCAUUAAAUAUGAAUAUAUGCUCAUUCACUCACUCAGAUAGCGCACGUACGUCUGCAGUAUGUCUGUUAAAGAUCACUUGAUCUGGAAAGCAUCUGCUGUGUACAAACAUCUGACAGACGUCUGUAAGAUGUCAGUUUUACAUACAAUCUAAAUCAUAAACAUCUUAAAGACAUCUAAUAGACAUCUAUUUGACAUCUGAUAGGAGACAUCCUAUAGAUGUAUUGCAGAUGAGCAAACACUCUAAAAAAUACGUCUUGCAGAUGUAAAUGCAGACGUCUCCGUGAUGUAUGUGUGCUAUCAGUUUACUGUAAUGCAUUUUAUUAAUACUCAUUACUUUCAAGAGUGAUUAUUAUUAAAACUUGUUUUUUAUUACACACAAUUUACUAAAUAUAUCAUUUUCAAAUAAUGUUGAGGAGAUUUUUACUGAAUUUUAUGUGAUGCAAUAGUUUAGCACUGGGCAUUAAAAACUUUCAUGCAUUAAUGAAAAAGUAAACAUGAAGCUUAGAUAUUAUUUUUAAAUGCUGCCGAAUCUUUAAAAAAAUGUAUUUUAUUGUAUUAUCUCGUCUUAUUUGCAUUUCUGUUAAACAGAGAUAUAUUUUACAGGGUGCGACAGAUGUAAACGUUCAAAUA